UCUUUACGACGGUAACUUCCUUUUCCGGUUUUGGCCAUAACGUGAAGAUAUAAAGGCCAAGAUGAAGUUCAACAAAAUGGUGUCGUCCUCUCGUAGGAAGAAUAGAAAGCGCCAUUUUAAUGCACCAUCCCAUGUAAGGAGGAAGAUCAUGAGCUCUGCUCUAUCAAAAGAUUUGAGACAGAAAUACAAUGUCAGAAGUGUGCCUAUUAGAAAGGAUGAUGAGGUUCAGGUUGUCCGAGGUCACUAUAAAGGACAGCAAGUUGGCAAAGUUGUUCAAGUAUACAGAAAGAAGUUUGUGAUAUACAUUGAAAGAAUCCAGAGGGAAAAAGCCAAUGGAGCAUCUGUUCAUGUUGGAAUUGACCCAUCAAAGGUAGUAAUAGUCAAAUUAAAGAUUGAUAAAGAUAGGAAAAGGAUUCUGGAACGUAAAGCUAGGUCCAGACAAGUCGCUGACAAAGGCAAACACACAGAAGAAACUAUUAUGGAAACUUCAUAAACUAUUAAAUAUCAUGGGAAA